CUCUAUUUUACAUGUAUCACACUUGUUUACUUUUCUUUUUUCUACUUCUCUCUCCCGCCAUCUUCUCCUUCGAUUUUCAUUUUUCUGUUCCCACUUUCUUCUCCUCUCUCUUCUGCUCCAUCAAUUCACUCCUUCUUCUUUUUUAUCUACCCUCUUCUGAUCCUACAACGGAUCAUUUGUUUGCCAUCAUGCGAUGGAUCAUUUGUUUGCCAGUAAAUGAAUACCUUCUUUUGAUCACCAGAUCCAAUGGACCGUGCAUCAUCACCGUUACCGUCGUCGUAAGCGCCGUCAUCGCCAUCGAAAUUCAUUGCAUGACAGACACGUAUUCAUAAUUCUGUCUCCCUUCUCUCAAACUCUCAUAUCUUUCCUCCUUCGAUACUCUCAAUGCCUCCCUUUCUCUCCCUCUUUCUCUUGGUUACAAAAGGAUCUUUCUCUUGGUUACGAAAGGAUUUCGGUUGGAUUUGGUGGUGUUAGUGUUUCACUUGGGCAGCUGGUUGGUAUUAUUGAUUGGGAUUUUCUAUCAACGAUGUGGGUGGGGUUUAUUGGUAGGUUUUCUCUUUUCUUUUUGUUUUCUUUGUUCCGGCGAGAGAACUCCACUGGAGAACCUGAUUUCACCGGGAAGCCUUUUGCCAGCCCUUCCAAGGAGUUGCUCUACUUCUUUUGCUGGAAAAACCAAUCUCGCAUCGAGCCCGCCGUCCCUCCAACUUCCCUGGCCUCUGAUGCGCAGGAUGCGACUCCGGAGCUCGUGGACCCGCUGAAAUGGCACGGAUUAUACGGACCAUCAAGGGUUUUGUUUACAAUCAAGGAAGAAAGAGAAGAUGCGGAGUCUCAGAAAUCAUCGGCGGAGAGGAAGCCGAAGAAGAGGCAGUCUUUGGAAGAAUGCUUCGAGGUCACGAAUAGCGAAGAACUGGAGGAAAUGGUGAAGGUGGAGGUGGAGGUGGAGAGGGGGACACCGUUCACGACGCCUUGUGGUUCGCCUCCUUAUUACUUGAUAAAGCUUCUCCUGAUCGGUGACAGCGGUCUUCUGGCAUCGAUGGUGAGAGUUCUACGACUGUGAUCCUAUUAUGAGGGUGCUGUUGUCAAUCUAGCAAAUCUGAAUUUAACAAGACCCGUAUCCCUAAAGUGUAGGGUUGCUGCUUUAAUACUGGAGAAUACAUUCACACCUAUCCUGGAUAUGGCUGGAGUUCUACUACCUUUCUUGAAGUGGUUCAUUGGUGG